AUGGCUUCCUCAGGCAUGCUCACAAAGUUCGAGUCCAAGUCCUCGAGGGCAAAGGGCAUUGCCUUCCACCCCAAGAGGCCAUGGAUUCUUGUUUCCCUCCACUCCUCCACCAUCCAGCUAUGGGAUUACCGCAUGGGAACUCUGAUCGAUCGAUUCGAAGAACACGACGGCCCCGUUCGCGGCAUCGACUUCCACAAGACCCAACCUCUGUUCGUCUCGGGAGGCGACGACUACAAGAUCAAGGUCUGGUCAUACCAAACGAGGAGAUGCUUGUUCACACUCAACGGCCAUCUCGACUACGUUCGAACUGUCUUCUUCCACCACGAGCUUCCCUGGAUCAUCUCCAGCUCCGACGACCAGACCAUCCGGAUAUGGAACUGGCAGAACCGUUCCCUCAUCUGCACCAUGACUGGCCAUAACCACUAUGUCAUGUGCGCCCAGUUCCACCCCAAAGACGACCUCGUCGUCUCCGCUUCCCUCGAUCAGUCCGUAAGAGUAUGGGAUAUCUCAGGUCUGCGAAAGAAGCACUCGGCCCCUACCUCCAUGUCUUUUGAGGACCAGGUCGCCCGCAACAACCAGCAACAGACUGAUAUGUUCGGCAAUACCGAUGCCAUGGUCAAGUUCGUUCUCGAGGGCCACGAUCGCGGUGUCAACUGGGUUGCCUUCCACCCUACCGCACCCCACAUUGUCUCCGCCGGCGACGAUCGUCUCGUGAAGCUCUGGCGCUUCAGCGAAACCAAGGCAUGGGAGGUCGACACUUGCCGCGGACACUUCCAGAACGCAUCUGGCUGUCUGUUCCACCCCCACCAGGACCUCAUCCUAUCUUGCGGUGAGGAUAAAACGAUCCGAGUUUGGGACUCACAAAAGCGAACCGCCGUCCAGUCUUUUAAGAGAGAGAACGACCGUUUUUGGGUUAUCGCCGCCCAUCCCGAGAUCAACCUGUUCGCUGCUGGCCACGACAAUGGUGUCAUGGUCUUCAAGCUGGAAAGGGAAAGACCUGCUUCGACUGUUCACCAGAACAACUUGUUCUACAUCACCAAGGAGAAGCACGUCCGUUCGUACGACUUCCAGAAGAACGCAGAAAGCCCGACACUGCUUUCGCUGAAGAGACUUGGAAGCGCCUGGGUACCGCCUCGUACACUUUCGUACAACCCUGCCGAGCGAUCUGUUCUGGUCACGUCGCCGUCUGACGGGGGCUCUUAUGAGCUAAUCAACUUGCCACGCGAUGGAUCCGGUGCCCUGGAAGCUACUGAUUCCAAGCGCGGACAGGGUAACUCGGCCAUUUUCGUCGCACGUAACCGGUUCGCCGUUCUCAACACUGCUGCCCAAACCGUUGACAUCAAGGACCUGUCGAACAACACUGCACGAUCGUUCAAGCCUCCUGUUGGUACAACCGACAUCUACUUUGGCGGAACCGGCCAUCUCCUCAUCAUCACCCCUACCGCUGUCCACCUCUACGAUAUUCAGCAGAAGAAGAGCAUUGCCGACCUGUCUGUUAAUGGCGUCAAGUAUGUUGUCUGGUCAAACGAUGGUCUCCAUGCCGCACUUCUGAGCAAGCACAAUGUCACCAUUAUCACCAAGACCCUGGAGCAGGUCAGCACUCUUCACGAGACAAUCAGAAUCAAGAGCGCAACCUGGGACGACGCCGGAGUUCUUCUUUACUCUACUCUCAACCACAUCAAGUACACCUUGAUGAAUGGCGACAACGGUAUCGUCCGAACUCUGGAUCAGACCGUCUAUCUUGUCAGGGUGAAGGGCAGAAGUGUCUACUGCUUGGACCGUGCUGCCAAGCCCCGUGUCAUCAAUAUCGAUCCCACCGAAUACCGCUUCAAGCUGUCCCUGGUCAAGCGCAACUACGAGGAAAUGCUUCACAUCAUUAAGACGUCCAGCUUGGUUGGUCAGUCCAUCAUCUCAUAUCUGCAGAAGAAGGGUUACCCUGAAAUUGCCCUGCAAUUUGUACAAGAUUCUGCCACUCGGUUUGAGCUGGCUAUCGAAUGUGGCAACCUUGACGUUGCUGUUGAGACUGCCAAGGAGCUUGACCGUCCUGCGCUAUGGAAGAGACUUGGAGACGAGGCUUUGGCACACGGUAACCAUCAAGUCGUUGAGAUGGCUUAUCAAAAGCAGAAACAAUUCGAAAAGCUCUCCUUCCUUUACUUGUCCACCGGUGACCACAGCAAGCUCGCAAGGAUGGCCAAGAUUGCAGAACACCGUGGAGAUUUCACUGCUCGUUUCCAGAACGCCCUCUACCUUGGCGAGGUAGAAGAUAGGAUACAGAUGUUCAAGGAGAUCGAUUUGUAUCCUCUUGCGUACGCCACCGCGAAGGCUCACGGUCUCGAAGAGGAGGCUCAGUCCAUCCUGGAGGCUACUGGCAUUACAGAGGACCAACUGACUCUGCCGUCCUUCGGAGAGCCGCUCAAGCAACCUCAGCCUGUAGUACCAACAUACAAGGCAAACUGGCCGACCAAGGCCAGCUCUCAGUCGGUCUUUGAGAAGGCUCUUACUGGACAAUUGGAAGGUCUCACAUUAGACGACGAGCCUGCGGCGGCUACAGAUGGCUUUGGUGAACUGGGCGAGGAUGACAUGGCUGCCAAGAAGAAUGGUACUCUUGAAGCUGACGAUGAUGAGGAUGCUGCUGGUUGGGACAUGGGUGAUGACAUUGUCCCAGAAGCUGACAGUGAUUUUGUCAACGUCGAAAGUGCCGAUGCCGGUGGCGCUGGUAGCAGCGAGGCGGAUCUAUGGGCCCGUAACUCGCCUUUGGCAGCUGAUCAUGCAGCUUCUGGCUCUUUUGAAUCCGCCAUGAACCUUCUCAACCGGCAAGUGGGUGCUGUCAACUUUGGCCCUCUCGAGCCUCGCUUUACGGAAAUUUACGAAUCCACAAAGAGCAGCUUACCAGCUUCAGCCGGUCUUCCGCCACUGGUCAACUACAUUCGUCGUACGCUCGAUGAGACAGAUCUCAGAAAAGUUCUUCCUAUCAUCCCCCGAGACCUGGAGUACCUUGCAAGCAACGAUUUGCAGAAGGGAUAUGAUGCCAUGAAGGGAAACAAGCUCGAAGACGGUGUUAGGAUCUUCAAGGGUAUCUUACACGCGCUGCUUGUCAACGCCGUAUCUGCGGAAGGCGAAGUUGCCGAAGCAAAGAAGCUCAUUUCGUCGGCUGCGGAAUAUGCACUGGCCAUGACAAUUGAGCUCAAGCGCCGCGGGCUCGGUAGUCCCGAUGCUGUAAACUCUAACCCCGAUCUGCAAAAGCGGAGCUUAGAGUUAUCGGCAUACUUCACAAUACCCAAGAUUGAGGUGCCGCAUAGGCAGCUCGCCCUACUCAAUGCCAUGAACUUGGCAAGCAGGAGCAGGAACUACAGCACCGCAUUGAGCUUCGCAAACAGAAUGCUGGCAAAUGGCGGAGCGCCAAGAUUGCUUGAAAACGCCAAAAAGGUCAAGGCUCAAGCUGAGCGAAACCCUCAUGAUGCGGUUGAGAUCGAAUAUGACCAAUUUGCUGAGUUCGAUGUUUGUGCUGCAUCAUAUACCCCUAUCUACAGUGGUACACCUUACGAAGAAUGCGCCUUUGAUGGUGCCAAGUAUCACACGAAGUACAAGGGCACAGUAUGCACGGUGUGCGAGGUAUGCGAGGUUGGCAAGCACGGCAGUGGUUUGAAACUCUUUGCGUAG